CUCAUUUGUGUUCUUGGCCAGUCUUCACUUGAAAGAGUGUGGCACAAGGUGAGAGAUGUUCUAAGUGAUUCAGCACAGCACUCUGUCAGAGAAAUGAAUGAUUUGCCAGAAACAAGACAUCGGGAAAGGAGAGAUCCUUAAAAAAUGGGAGCAGCCAGCUUUGACAGAGGCUUUCUGUAUUGAAGCUCAGUAUUUCAAAAGCUUUCUCCUUCAGGACUUUUGCACUAGAAGCCAUAACCAUUGGCAUGUUCAGCUCCAAUCUGUGUUUCAGCUCUGCACUGCUGCAGGAGGAGUGCCACAGAAGGAAGAUGCCGCUGAGGAGCUCAGCAGGAUUGGUGCUGCUCCUGCUCUCUCAGUGCUCUGUGUCCCUGGGCUCCAGAGAGGCCCUGGGCCUGGCUAAUGCCCACCUCCUCCCCCUGAGGGACCAUGAGAGACUGGGAAACGCCCAUCAGAAAGACUAUCCUAGGGAUUGUUUUGAGAUUUUAAAGCACUCCAAAGGAAAUUCCAGAGAUGGCCUUUACAUCAUCCAACCAAAAGAAGAACCAAUUGUUGUCUUUUGUAACAUGCAGGAUGGUGGCUGGACAGUAAUCCAGCACAUUACAGCCAACAGCACUGUCGACUUUGACAGGACUUGGCAGGACUACAAAUAUGGAUUUGGCUCUGUUGAUGAGAACCACUGGUUAGGAAAUGAAUACAUGCAUCAGCUAACUGGCAGCUCAGUGCAAUACAUACUUGGAGUUAAACUUGUGAAUCUAAAUGCUGAAGUCAAAUGGGGGCAGUAUGAGCCAUUCCUGAUUGAGGGGGAGGAGUCUCAGUAUCGCAUCAGGGUUGGCCUUUACAAAGGCAACGCCACUGACGCUCUGACCCUGGACACAGAAGCUUAUCUCCAUGACAACCAGAAGUUCACCACCAAGGACAGAGACAAUGACAAUUACUUUAUGAACUGUGCUAAGCUGGAGCUCAAUGGCAUUCCUGGGGGAGGCUGGUGGUACGAUGCCUGUGCUGGGGCAAACCUGAACCGCAGGAACGUGAUAUACUGGCAAAGAGACUGCAGCAAGCAACAGCCCUGCAAGUUUGCAUGGAUGAUGGUCAAACCCAUCGAGCACCAUCAGUCGUACCCUACCAAGGCCUGCCCCUGUCAGAAAGUUGAACUGUAGACAAGCCAUGAGUAUUUGACAGGAACAUGGACUAUUUCUCAAGUGACUGAAGUGAACUCACUGACUGAGUAACGGCCCUAAGUAACCACAGCUGGAAAUUUAAAUUUGGCCUCUCUAGGGGCUUUAUGUUGACAUAUUGUUCAAUACUGGAACAUGUCACAGAAAUUUGCCAACCACACAAGUGAGAAACUGUCAGAAACUGAGGCCUUUACCGCAAGAUUUAAAUAACCAGAAGAUUUAAAUAAUUAAUUUUAUACUAUUUUAGCCAUAAGACAAGUCCGAUAUGAAAUGCGGGAUAUGAUGUCUUGUACAAUAUAUACCUGAAUAAAAAUGCAUUUCAGAAGGUU